AUGGACCAACCACAGAAGCAGACAACGCAUCAGCGCACCGAAACAUGUCCCCAAGGCUCCCCAGCAGCUCCCACUGCUUCAAGCACAACUCGCAGAAACCGACGGGACCCUUCCGCCUUCCACACCGGCUCUCCGCAUCCGGUCCCGAAAAGAGUCCCCGGAGGCGCAGCGGCGGAUCCACCCGGCGGCGCGGCAGCGACCUGCCCCGAACUCCCCCGUCUGCGCCCCGGCCCGGCCAAAAGUGCGAUUCCUAUCCCGUCUGCACUUAAGAGGAAGAGCAGCAGUCCCGGCGGCGGGAUCAAGAAGAAGAAGAAGACGCCUGGAAGAGGAGAAGAAACGGGGAAGCAAGCUGGUGUGGGGAAGAAGAAGAAGUGGCCUGACUGCGUGAUACCGGAGGAGGAGUUGAUGACGAUGGUGGUCAACAUGCAGGAGCACUAUGCCUCGAGCCUGAACGAGCUGCGGGAGGAGCUUGAUCAAGAUCGGAGGCGGCGCAGGGCGGAGAUGAAGAUUGUGAUGGGGAGGUUGGAAGGGCUGGCGCGGAGGGUGGAUGGGCAUGGGGAUGCGUUGGGGAGGAUGGGGGAGAGGGUGGAUGGGCAUGGGGGUGCGUUGCGGAGGCUGGGGGAGAGGGUGGAUGGGCUGGUGGGGAGGUUGUGGGAUGAUGAGGAUGAAGAAGACGAGGGGGGAGUGGCUGAGGGAGAGAUUGAUGAUGGGAUGAUGGAUGCUGGUGAUUGUGAGGGGCGUGAUGGGGUGGAUGGUUUCCCUCUUGAAGACCAUGGUACGUGCGAAGGCGGAGGUGAAGGCAGUGGGGAUGACAGCAGCGGCGAGAACGUGACGACAGCGACGACAACCCCGAGCCAUCUCAACAUGGAUCUCCCCCCAACGCCCAUCGGCGAAAGACAACCCAUACGAAGCACCGGCCUGAAAGCCGUCAGACGAAGACCCGGCACAAAAGCAACACACACCCCCCUACGACGACAAGGAGCAGCAGAUAGAUCACCGCUCAAGCCAGUCCCAAGGGCACUGUCGUCCCCCCAUGAAGAAGAACGAAGCCCCCAACAAGACGAUGCCCUCAAGAUCCUCGACGGCGCACCGCGACUCAGAGCCCUGCUUCGGCGGCAACACGGCAUUGCUACGUCGCCGCCGAAAGGAAAGUGUUGUCCUCGGCGGCAGACACAUGUCGAGGUGCAUUGUUCGAGCGAAGAUGGAGACGAUGGAGAUGGAGAUGCCGGGUACAGGCCGGGCUCGUCUGGGUCUUCGUCUCCGAGCGCGGCUUCGAGCGCGUCUUGGGCUCCGGAGGAUAGCACGUCUUCUCCUGCUUCGCGGGGGAAUACAUCGACAAGGGGAUUGCCUUCUGCAGCAGCAUCAAGAACAAUAGCUUCUCCAUCGUCGUCACCAGCAUCGUCAACACCGAAUGGACCAGACUCCAUCACAGCAGCGGCAUCGUCGUCUUCACAGCCAUCGUCAUCGCCAACACCGAAACCGCCAGAAUCAACAGCACCAACACCAGAAACCCCAUCACCAUCACAGUCACAGUCACAAUCAACCCCCUCCAAACCUCGCUACUCAACACCCCGCCGCACCACCCUCAAGCGCACCAACUCGGGCCCCUACUACGUCGGCAAAUACACCUUCCGCCGCAUGGGCCGCACCGUCCGCUCCGUCUGGAACGAGUACAAGGUCAACUGCGUCGUCGGCGGCAAGGAGUUCCGCUGCAUCGAGAGCCUGGAGAAGGAGUACGGCACGCAUUGGCGCACGGGGAGCGUGAGCGACAUCAAGUAUGCCAGCAAUUACGUCGGCGUGCGGAAGAAGAUUGUGGACUAUGUGGAGGGCAUGUGCGAGGGGGGGAGGAUGACGCCGGAGGAGGCGUGCGCCAAGCUGGAUGAGAGAGUGGACGGGAGGCUGCAGCUGCUGAUUACGGCGUUGAGGAAAGAGAAGGACCCGUUCAGGGAGAUCCCCAUGCGAGCAGCUAAAAGUAUGUCGCCCUGA